UUGCUCGGGUGGUAACGCCCUCAGACAGUCUCUUGGCCUACUUCAUGAGGUAACGCGUUUCCGCCUACAACCGUUUGCUAGGGUGCCACGAUUUGACGGGAUAUCUACAGAUAUGGCAAAACCUGCUCAAGGGACGUACACCUGCACCCUCAGAGAAGAGAUGUUGGAAAAAGCUAAGAAAGAAUUAAAUGAAGACCCAAAGACUCGUUUGCUUGAAAUAAAAGCUUUGAGAGAACGUGUUGAAAAGGUUCCAGGUUUAAGGAGUCGCACAGAAGAUACAUUUCUUCUACGAUUCCUUCGUGCCAGAAAGUUUGACCAGGAAAAUGCUUAUAAACAGUUAAUACAGUACUAUCAGACAAGAAAAGAGAAUCCUGAUGUUUUUGAAAACUUGACACCAAAGAGAGUCCAAUUUCUCUUGGAAGCAGGAGUGGACACAGUUUUGCAAAAUCGUGCCCCUGAUGGUUCUCGUGUUAUUGUGUUCAGACCAGGAAAGUGGGACCCUGACAAGUGUGAUAUGGCCACUGUGAUUGGUAGCAACCACCUCACCUUGUCAAAACUGAUUGAGGAAGAGGAGACACAGGUGUGUGGAGUAACAAUGUUGAUAGACCUGAAGGAGGUUGGGUGGCACCAGGCAAAACACAUCUCCCCCUUUACUGCCAAAAAAUUUACAACCAUCAUUCAGGAAGCUUUUCCAGUACGCUUUAAGGGAUUGCAUUACCUGAAUGAACCAACAUUCUUUGAUGUUGUAUUUGCCAUAGUAAAGCAGUUCAUGAAAGAGAAAAUUCUCAGACGUAUCCAUAUACAUGGUGACAAGAUGGAAUCAUUGCACCAGUUUCUACCAGCAGAUAUUCUUCCUGUGGAUUAUGGAGGCAAGCUGCCACCUUUAAGUUCUAAGCAAUGGAUGGAAAAACUAGUUUCUUGUGAGGCUCACUUUGCUGAUGAGAAUAAGUUUGGGUUUCUGGACAUGACCAUUCCUGCUAAUCCAAAAACUGGACAAGAUGCCACAGAGUCUUUGGGUGGAACUUUUCGCAGACUCAAUGUCGACUAAAAUGUUCCUGAAAAAGUUUAUGCCCAGAUCUUGGUCUCAGAUCGUUUAUUUUUCUUAUAAGAAAUUUUAUUCAAACCACAACUGGAAAUGUAUACCUUUCUCUUAAUAUCCAGAUGUUAUAUGAUUGUACCUUUUUUGUUUUGAAUCUUAACAUUUUAAGCUAAGACGAAACAGUUUUGAAUUAUUUUAAUGCCAAACUUGUGGUAAGACUCCCAUAAGUAAAAUAUUUUUCCAAAGAAUUAACAGAUAUUCACAAUAUACAAGAAUAAUAUACUGGAUACCAAAGCAGUGAACCAUUAAUAAACAAGAAAAUAAUGGAGCUAUCAAGUGAACAUUUAUGUGACUAACUUACUGGUACCAUAGAAAUGAACAACUUUGCAUGUGUUGUGUUUAUUAAGAGUGUGUUAGUGAUUAUAUUAUAAAAACAGAUAAAUUUGUUUUUUUUCACUUCAGUUUUUCAACAAUGUAAAGUUGAUGGAUUAUGCUGUAUCAAAAUCAGAACUCUAUUUUCACAGAACUAUAUUGUUACCCAGUGAAUAAUUGUUCAGGAAAUUGUAGAAGUUGAUUGCUAUAUCUAAUGUUUGCGUCUCAUGUGAGCUUUGUUUUUUUUCCUUUUAUGAUACUUGUUUUUAUUCCGCUGGCCUGUUUUUUCAUCUGGUGAGCCAGUUAUGCUGCAGUGCCAAAUGAGAAAUACUCCAUGAAACCACUGUGACACAUUGUUUCUUGAUUUCUGAACUAUUUCAUUUCCCGUUUAAAAAAAGCUAAAUGAUUGUUGAGGUGAUUUUGUAAAAUCCUGUGAUUAAUGACAUGGCAAUAUCUAAUAUAUAUGUUACUGCUAAAAUAUCCAUGACUUCCUUGAUCACGAGUUUUCUGGAUUGAAAUCCAGCUUUUUUAUUAGCAGCAUUUGAAAUUAUAUCUUGGUCUUGUCUAGUUUUCCUCAGUGCCCAAAGAAAGUGUUAAGCUGCCCUAUUAUACUUAUGCACAUGCAUUUUUGUGUGUGUGCAUGCAAAUAUGUAUGGGAGAAGCAGUAUGUUAUGGUAUUGGAGAGAAAAUGUUUUUCGUAUAUAUAUAUAUCCUAUUUGCUAAUUUGUCAAGGUCUGAAUGUUACUUUUGCACAACUGUGAAAUGGGCAUAUCACCAGUUUACUGCAACUGAUGACUAUGUAACUGAUUGAAAACCAGGAUUAACCACCGACAGACUUUUAAACUUGUAUUUGCAUAAUCAACUAUGAGUAACAAGAUCAGAGCUUUAAACAUCACCAGCAUGUUUUUACUCUUUUAGUUUAAUGUUGAUCUCCAAACUUUUUGCAAAUGUUGGCAGCAUAAUUUUUUGUAUCGUUUUCAUAUUCUAUUCAUAUUUAUAUAAAGAUGAGCUGGCCACAGACAUGCAAUCCCAAAGAAACCAGCUAUGUUUUCAAUAUGCAGUAUAGUACUUUAUAGUAUUUUAUCUGAUAAAAAUGGCUUGAUAAAGUAAAAUACAAAAGACCUUGAAUAGUCUUAUUAUUUAGGUUUAACUUGCCAUCCCCGCAUCACACCCCUAUUCUAGCUUAACUUCUGCUUAUUGAUUUAUUUGUUCUCUGACAUUUAUUGUUUUAUCACUGGGAAGUGUAAUUUGUUAAAGCACUCGUGUUGAAGAAAACAAAAUUUUUAAAAAAUUGUCUUACCACUGAAACACAGAUAUGCUGAAAUUCUGUUAAAAAGUAAUAUACAUCAAAAAUAUUCCGCAGUUCUGAAAGUGAAUCAAGGGAAAAUUGUCUCUGUUGUUAAAAUUGACAUGCUCUACGUGGUAAGAAACAUCACUUAAUGGGCUAUAUUAAAAUGUCAGGUCAUGAAUUUUGAAAACAUAAUUAGAUUUGUCUGCUUUUAAAGGAUUAAUGUGGUGCAAUUUUUGUUUUUGAUGAUUGGGUAAAGCUCAAUGCAAGUUUUUUUUUCCUAAUCUGGAUGAGUACCCACUUCUAUUCUUGAGGUACAUGCCAACAUCAACAUGCACAGAAAGAAGUCAACAGUGUGAACAUCAGGAUAGUGCAUGAUAAUGUAUAUUGUGAAUGCUUUUGUCAAUGGGAGAGCUGGGAACAUAUGAUGUUCAUGAUCUCGCGAUUUUGCACCUCACUAAUCCUUUAAACAUUUAUCUGUUGAAGAUGUUAUUCUUUAUGGUAAAAAAAAAAUGAUCUCUUUAAUCUGUCUAGUUCCCGUGACCUUGAGUGCUACAGAUGUAUAUCUCUUAAAGAAUAAUACAAUUUGCAGUUCCAUGACUUUUAAAUAAAAUCACGUUUUGAGUG